UUUCUUUCUCCGGUUCCCAUCUCAUCUCAAAAUGUGUGGAAUCUACGCUGCCUUCAGGCAACCCAACGUCGAGGCCUUCAAGGACAAGGCGCUCCAGAACACCAAGAAAAUCCGCCACAGAGGCCCCGACUGGUCCGGCAACGUCGUGGCCAACGACACCAUUUUGUGCCACGAAAGAUUGGCCAUUGUGGGCUUGGAUUCCGGCGCCCAGCCCAUCGUGUCGCCCGACCUGCGCUACUCCUUGGCAGUCAACGGCGAGAUUUACAACCACAUCCAGUUGCGCGAGCAGUUUGCGGACUACGCGUACAAGUCCUUGUCGGACUGCGAGCCCAUCAUCCCGUUGUUCGAAAAGUACGGCGUCGAUGCGCCCAAGCACUUGGACGGCAUGUUUGCGUUUGCGUUGUACGACCGCAAAAGCGACCGCAUCGUGGCCGCCAGAGACCCCAUCGGAAUCGUGACCUUGUACAUGGGCAAGUCGUCCAAAACCCCGGGCACGCGCUACUUUGCGUCCGAGUUGAAGUGUCUCAUUGACGAGUGUGACGAGAUCUUUGCCUUCCCGCCCGGCCACGUGUACGACUCCACCACGGACGAAAUCACGCGCUACUUCACGCCCUCGUGGUGGGACGGGCUGGUCGUGCCGCAGCUGCGCGUCGACUACAAGAAGGUCAGAGAGUCCUUGGAGAUGGCCGUGAGAAAGAGAUUGAUGGCCGAGGUGCCGUACGGCGUGCUCUUGUCCGGCGGCUUGGACUCGUCGUUGAUUGCCGCCAUUGCCGCGCGCGAGACGCAGAAGGCCGCCACGGCCGCGUCGCCAGAAGACGGCAUCGACGCCAACAAGGAGCUUUCCGGCGUGGACGCGUCGGGCCUGUUGCACACGUCCAGCUUCGCGCGCUUGCACUCGUUUGCCAUCGGCUUGCCGGGCGCGCCGGACUUGAUUGCCGCCGAGAAGGUGGCGCACUUCAUCGGGCUGAUCCACCACUCGCACACGUUCACCUUGGAGGAGGGCUUGGACGCGUUGAACGACGUGAUCUACCACUUGGAGACGUACGACGUGACCACCAUCCGCGCGUCCACGCCCAUGUACUUGUUGCUGCGGAAGAUCAAGGCGCAGGGCGUGAAGAUGGUGUUGUCGGGCGAGGGCUCGGACGAGAUCUUCGGCGGCUACUUGUACUUUGCCAACGCGCCCUCCGCGGCCGAGUUCCACGACGAGUGUGUCAAGAGGGUCAAGAACUUGCACUACGCGGACUGCUUGCGUGCCAACAAGUCCACCUUGGCCUGGGGCUUGGAGGCCCGCGUGCCCUUCUUGGACAAGGAGUUCUUGGAGACCUGCAUGUCCAUCAACCCGGAGGACAAGCUCAUCAAGCCGGCCGAGGGCAAGAUCGAGAAGUACAUCUUGAGAAAGGCCUUCGACACCAGCGACGAGCCGGGCGCCAAGCCCUACUUGCCUGAGGAGAUCUUGUGGAGACAAAAGGAGCAGUUUUCCGACGGCGUGGGCUACUCGUGGAUCGACGGCUUGAAGGACGCGGCCGAGGCCGCGGUUUCGGACGACGAGCUUGCCAACCCCAAGCCCGAGUGGGGCGCCGACGUGCCUCAGACCAAGGAGGCCUACUGGUACAGAUGCAAGUUUGACGAGAUGUUCAACGGAUCCAAGGCCGCGGCCUCCACCGUCAUGAGAUGGAUCCCCAAGGCCGAGUGGGGCUGCCACGCGGACCCUUCGGGCAGAUACGCCACCACGCACGACCACAAGGUCGACAACUAGGCUUUGCCACGUUUCACUGGACUCAUAAGUAGAUAAAGGGAUAUUCUUGAUGGAAACAGAGCCCGGGGCCUGUAGAAUGUAGGGCUGCAUUGCAGACUCGUGUGGGAGUGCGUGAAUGGGGCUUCUGGAUCAACACUUCGACUAUUGGGGUCUGAUCUGGUGGUUCUCUCCGUGCUCCUGUACCAUUAGGUCGACCCGGAAGCCGGGGUGUACUACUGUAUGUCCUGGGGCCUGUGUUGUAUGAUUCAGCCUAUAUUUGGCCCGUGUUGUGUGUUUUAGCCUACCUUCGGCCUGUGUUGCAUGUAUUUAGCCUAGCUUUGGCCUUCUUGUGAUGAUUCUGUUGUGAUUGAUGAUUUGGGAGCAAAGGCGGUUUAUUUUCUUUGGCUAGGAUACUCGAAGAUAAUGCAUAGAAUAAUUGGAGAAAUAAAGAAGAGAG